UUUUACGCGACGAGGAUAAAUUAGCAACGCCACAAGUCUUCUCCAAAUAGCUUUCCUUUCUUUCCAUUCCUCAUUCCGAUGGCACCAGUAACCAACGGCCGUGUCUUAUUCAACUCCGUCCCCCAAGGCGUACCAGUUCCGGGCGAGACGACGGUGUAUGAUACCACCGAGACGAUCGACAUCGAGAACGUGCCCUUGAACGGUGGAUUCCUGCUGAAGGUGCUCAUCCUCUCAGUCGACCCGUACUUCCGUGGCCGCAUGAAGCCGGGCCCGUCGUACACCGGUGCGUUGGAGAUCGGCAAACCGCUCUCCGGAUUCGGGAUCGGCAAAGUCUUGAGAUCAGAGAAUGCGGAGGUGCCGGUGGGCAAGUACAUCUAUGGGUACACCAUCCGCCACGAGCAGUACUACGUCCUGCCCGGCUUGAACCCAAGCAUCUCCAUCCUCGAAAAACGCGCUGAUCUCCCGCUCACGGCAUACAUCGGCGCGGCUGGCAUGCCCGGGCAAACCGCCUGGUGCGCCUGGACCGCUUACUCCGAAGUCAAAGCUGGCGAGACCGUGUUCGUCACCGCCGCAGCGGGCGCCGUCGGCUCCGUCGUCGUGCAGCUCGCCAAGCGCGCGGGGUGCAAGGUCAUCGCGUCGGCCGGCUCGGAGGACAAGUGCGCGUUCGUCAAGUCGCUCGGCGCGGACGUCGUGUUCAACUACAAGACGACGCCGACGCGGGAGGUGCUGACGAAGGAGGGUCCGGUUGACAUCUACUGGGACAACGUCGGCGGCGAUACGACUGACGCUGCGAUCGAGAGCGCCAACGUUGGCGCCCGGUUCUUGCUCUGCGGGUCCAUCUCUGGAUACAAUGGCCAGCCCGAGCCUCUCAAGAAUUUCGUCACGCUCGUGGGCAAGCAGAUCCACAUGCACGGAUUCCUCGCGAUCCCGCUGAUCGCCAAGUACCACGACCAGUUCUACUCGACCGUCCCGGACAUGGUCGCCAAGGGCGAGAUCGUCUACCGAGAGGAUGUCACGCGCGGCCUCGAGACCGUCGGGGACCAGAUCGUCGCUGUUCUGAAGGGGACGAACGUCGGCAAAGCCAUUGUCACCGUUGCUGACGAAUGAGCUGGCUGUGUAUGCACAAGACAUAAUGUACUCUAAUACUCAUCGCAUCUUGGCCUUGAGGGCGGACUCUAGGUAUCAACUCCUCAACAGUUUCACGUCAUCUCAGAUGACGCCAAACCUCGA